CUUUUUUAAGUUUGAAAAUUGACUUCUUGAAAUUGGUGCAUAAUUUACAGAAAACGCAGGUUUGAAGCUUCUUGAAGAAGGGCGUAGCAAUGAUGCAAAGAAAGUGACUACACGGGGUGGACCCCGUGGGCGUUGUCCUGGUCCUGUUGAAGUGCAGACCACAUUAGAGCCAGCGUUGUUUGACAUCGAUCUCACUGUCAAUAAGAAAACAUUGAUUGGUAUUUGCGGAAGCGUGGGAAGUGGUAAAAGCUCCCUUUUACAAGCUCUCCUUGGCCAGAUGAGGAUUCAGAAGGGGAAUGUAACCAUUGGUGGAUCCGUUGCAUACGUUGCUCAACAGGCGUGGAUCAUGAAUGCCACAGUGAAGGAGAACAUUUUGUUGGGUAAACCUUAUAAUGAUGCAAGAUAUAAAACGGCCCGUUUUGCCUGUAGUUUGGAGCAGGACCUUAAAAUAUUACCCAAUGGUGAUGAAACGGAGAUCGGGGAACGCGGAAUUAACCUGAGUGGAGGCCAGAAGCAGAGAAUCAGUUUAGCAAGAGCCCUAUACUAUGACAUGGAUAUAUAUUUGUUGGAUGAUCCACUGAGUGCAGUUGAUGCGCAUGUUGGACAGCACAUUUUCAAGCACUGUAUCAAAGGAGCCCUUUGGAAUAAAACCAUUCUUUUUGCAACACAUCAGCUACAGGUACUCUAGGCUGUCACUUUGCAGUGUUGUCAUAUGUGGCAAAGCAGGUCACGGGAUUGUCAUAUCUGGUUUUCCAGAACUGGUGAGGAAUGGAAAAUUGGUUGGAAAUUUUCAACUGCUUUAUUUCAGAGUAAAAUUUUUAUCAGUAAGUCGAAUCUCACAUAAAAUGUGUUAGAGUCAAAAUUGAGUUAAUCCAUAAAAUAUUCAAGUAAGGUAUACAUUGCAUCGCUCUCUCUAUGUGUUCAAAGUGCGUGGGCAGAAAAAGAAACGAUUUUCUUGAAAUAAGUCU